AUGUCAGGCAAGGAGGGGAUUGAUCAUCGAAAAUACGGCUUUACGAAAUAUACGACAACUACUUCUCCCGAUGGCUGCAUCCCAGAUGGUGCUGAAUUCACUGUUACCCUUUACAACACUGAUCACAAAGAAACAUGUAAAUUUACGGCUUAUUAUCAUUCACCAUCAACUUAUGAGCAAGUUUUCAAAGAAGCACGGUUUAAAACGUUACAAUGGGUGCCUUAUAAGCUAGAUCCUAAUGUGCCUAUCAAGGAAUUUUUCGAUGAUUUUUUUAAAUAUACACCUGCAGUCGGUUUGAUAUCAACAAAAAAAUAG